CCCCGCCUUGGCUCCCGCGCUAGAGAGAAACAUGUAUCGUUUCCGCUCGCAGCUCUUCACGGGGAUUUCUGCUGCCGCCACCGCCCGCUCUCACCCCCGCCGCGCCUCGCCUCUGUCGAUAGCCGAACACUCGCCUCUCAGCCGCCCGCCGCACAGACGCACGAGUAGAAAGUGCAGCUCCAUCGGCUGAUCCUCGCUGAGCUUGGGCGUUUAGGCGGCACCGGGCGUCCCACGAUGCCGAAGAAUAAGAAGCGGAGCACUCCCCACCGCAGUGGUGGCGGCGGCGGCGGUGGCGGCUCCGGGACGGCGGCGACGACGGCAGGUGGCCAGCAUCGAAAUGUUCAACCUUUUAGUGAUGAAGAUGCAUCAAUUGAAACAAUGAGCCAUUGCAGUGGUUACAGUGAUCCUUCCAGUUUUGCUGAAGAUGGGCCAGAAGUCCUUGAUGAGGAAGGAACUCAAGAAGAUUUAGAGUACAAGUUGAAGGGAUUAAUCGACUUAACCCUGGAUAAAAGUGCGAAAACAAGGCAGGCAGCUCUUGAAGGAAUUAAAAAUGCAUUGGCUUCAAAAAUGCUUUAUGAAUUUAUUCUGGAAAGAAGAAUGACUUUGACUGAUAGCAUUGAACGCUGUCUGAAAAAAGGGAAGAGUGAUGAACAGCGAGCUGCUGCUGCCUUAGCAUCUGUGCUUUGUAUUCAGCUGGGCCCGGGAAUUGAAAGUGAAGAGAUUUUAAAAACUCUUGGACCAGUCCUAAAGAAAAUCAUUUGUGAUGGGACAGCUAGUGUUCAGGCUAGGCAAACUUGUGCAACUUGCUUUGGUGUUUGCUGUUUUAUUGCCACAGAUGACAUUACUGAGCUUUAUUCAACUCUGGAAUGUUUGGAAAAUAUCUUUUCUAAGUCCUAUCUCAAAGAGAAAGACACUAAUAUCACUUGCAGCACACCUAACACAGUUCUUCAUAUCAGCUCCCUUCUUGCAUGGACAUUAUUACUGACCAUCUGCCCAAUCAAUGAAGUGAAGAAAAAGCUGGAGACGCAUUUCCAUAAACUUCCAAGCCUCCUUUCCUGUGAUGAUGUAAACAUGAGGAUAGCUGCAGGUGAAUCUUUGGCACUGUUGUUUGAACUGGCCAGAGGAAUGGAGAGUGACUUUUUUUAUGAAGACAUGGACUCUUUGACCCAGAUGCUCAGAGCUCUGGCUACAGAUGGAAAUAAGCACCGGGCCAAAGUGGACAAGAGAAAGCAGCGAUCUGUUUUUAGAGAUGUCCUGAGGGCUGUGGAGGAACGGGAUUUUCCAACAGAAACUGUUAAAUUUGGUCCCGAGCGCAUGUAUAUUGAUUGCUGGGUCAAAAAACACACUUAUGACACCUUUAAGGAGGUUCUUGGAUCUGGGAUGCAGUACCACUUGCAGUCAAAUGAAUUCCUUCGCAACGUAUUUGAACUUGGACCCCCCGUGAUGCUUGAUGCCGCAGCGCUUAAAACAAUGAAGAUCUCUCGAUUUGAAAGGCAUUUAUAUAACUCUGCAGCUUUCAAAGCUCGAACAAAAGCUCGAAGCAAAUGUCGAGAUAAGAGAGCAGACGUUGGAGAAUUCUUCUAGAUUUUCAGCAUUUGAUGAAUAUUUUCUAAUUUCUUUAUUAUUAUUUUUGCUAUUUCUAAUGUAUAUAAGCUUUAGAGACUUUUUAUCUUGGGGUCAGCUUAGAUAAUUUUUUAGUAAGGGUGGAUUAAAUUAAUUUAAUGUACAGUAUUAAAAUGAUGAGUUCUGAUUAUUGGAUAUUCUUUGUAAAUCAGUAAACAUGAGUAAAAUGUUUGUACUGUUCAUAUUCUAUUUAUGUAGAGAGCAAACGGAUGGUAUUUCACUUGAUGUCAUGAUCACAAAAAUCAUUAGCCAAGGUAUAAUUUCUUUUACUUUGUGGUGAUUAAAAAUACCAACCCCAUCAUACGUACAUACAAGGGUUUUAAUAUCUUAAAUGAGAGUUCUGGAUUAAAAUUUUUCUUGAGCUGUUCCUUGGGAAAAGUUACUGUAUUUUAAAUUUUAAAUGGAAUGUAACUGUUUAACUUUUGUCACUGGAUCAGCGAAAGGAAGUAUGCCAUUAGACUUUACAGCUGUACUUAAAGGCCGUUCAGUCCAGCUGUUUGGACUUCCUGGUGAAUUAGCCAAUGCCAGGAAAGCUUGCUGACCUUCACCUUACAAGCAAGAGCACUCACUUCAACAUCUGCCAUAUGAUACCUUGUGCUUUUCACUUUGAAAUAAAGAUUUUUUUUAUACUAAAAACUGCUGCUUUUCUAACAGAAGAAAAUAUUAUGGCUUUAAGGGACAGAGUUCAGAAUGACUGGAACCAGGUAGGAGCAGUCAGGAGACAAAGUUUUAUUUGUAUAUGUAGAAGCAUUAAAAUAGAUGAAAAUGAGAUACUAAAAUGAAAAAAAAAACCAUACAAUUGGAACUCAAGUUACUAACAUUAAGACUUGUUGCUUGGUCACUCCUGCAUUUUAGUUGAAAAUGCAUUAAUAUGUAUUACUGUACUGUAGUUUUAUUGUAUAGCAGGUCUGGUUUGGAAUCCAUAGACAUGUGCCUUUGGUUUUCUUGCUGUAGAAAACAACGAGGGAUGGGAAGUAUGAAAUUAUAGAGAAGUACCCAAAUUACUUCAAAGGGUUGGUUCCCAGCUAGUGUCUUCUUCUCCCACUGCCUCAACCACUGGAAGGUCUCAUGCCCCUGCUGUAUGACAGCAUUACUUGGCUCAUGGAGUCCUUAGUUACCUAGACCCACUCCUCCAAUCUAGCGGGCGGUGAGGCAUGGGUGUCUGGAGCUUGAAUUUGUUGAUACUGUCACUUCAUUUUUGAGAAGCCUAGAGCCACGGGAAACAAGUUGCAAACAGUAUAUUUUAGAACUAUAUAAGCAUUAGUGGUGCUGUGGCUCAAAUGGUCGAUCGCAGGUGACAGGCCCAGAGUUCAAGCCCCACGACUGACCAAAAAAAAUUAUAAAUAUAUAUAUGUAUAUACAUAUAUAAGCAUACCUACUUUUCAGAGUGAAGCUUUUAUUGAAAUGACAUGAACAGUUUAAUAAUAUUGCAAAUCUUCAAGGAAUAAUGUUCAGUCCUUUUCCUACCUUUUUCUAGGAGAUACAACCUUCGGUUUUCUUUCCCCCUUGUUUAUUUUUAUCAGCAUCAAUUAGUUACAAACAAGAUGAUUCAUUUUGACAUGUACAUACAGUGAACCUUGAUCCACUUGAAGCCUGUCACUCCUUCCAUCCUUUCCCAAACCAGUUUCAAGAAGCUUCAUUGUAACAUUUUUCCACAAAUGAAUAAAGUAUUUGGCCAUA